AACAACUCCAGCAUAAUCUCUCAGAGCAUCUGUUUGUUUGUACCACCUUCCCUUCAUCACACUUCUGACCCCCUUUCCCCCACCCCACUUUGCUUCCUUUGACUCAGAACGCACAACAAAAAGAUGGUAAAGUGAAGCAGCAGCAGAAGCAGCUAAAAGAAGAAGAAGAAAAGCUCAGCUUUUUCUCCCAGUUGAGAAACUCUGAAGACAGAUCCUCUCCAACACCAAUCUUUAUCAAUACAUCAGAAAGUGGUAGAAAGGUCUCUCCUUUGGUUCCAUGGAGGAUUACAGGUCAAGGUCUUAUGGGGAUGGGAGGAUGGAGAUGGAGGUCUAUGAGAGCAGGCCUCAGCCUUCUCUCUCUGGCCCUCAGGACCUCAGGUGCUACAGCGCGUCUUAUGCCUCCUCUCACAGCAGCAACCAGGCCCCUAAGGAGAUCAAGCUCAAGAAGGGGAAGAGCGCCUCUGGUUCCUCUUCCUCCAGGAGUGGAUGGAGCCUCAGCGACCCCGAGUUACAGAGGAAGAAGAGGGUGGCGGGAUACAAGGCUUACGCUGUGGAGGGAAAGAUGAAGGGGAGCCUGAGGAGAAGCUUCAGGUGGCUCAAGGACAGAUGCACCCAGGUGGUGUAUGGGUGGUGGUGAUUCCUUUAGCUUAUUUCUGAUCCAAGAUAAAACCCAGCUUUGGCAUGGAUAUCUCCUUGUUGGCGUUCCUGGAUCCUCUCUGCCUUCUCCUAGCAUAAUCAAGCAUGCAUGCGGCAUUUCAUCCUUUCUUUCUCAAGAAUCUUAUGUCAGUUUGCGAGGAUGCUUUAACUUUUUUGGUAGCUUGUUCUUGGUUUCAAUUUCAGGUUCUUCAUAGUGAAGAAGAACCAGGCAAAGGAAGAAAAAGGAGGCACAACAAAGAUUCUUGAUUCUUGGUCACCACUUGUUGUCGAGAACUGUGAUGCCUCCUCACACAUGGAGGAUAAUGAAUAAGAUCAAGAAAACAUAGAUAAGGAAAUUUGAUGCCAGUGUAGCUUUAAUGCCUUCUCUAUAGUUGUAUCUAAUCAUAGCUUUCUUCAUAGCAGUGGGAUGAGAUAAAACAAUGUUGUUCUAGUUUGUUCAAUUGUUGGCAUAUGAAACAAUGUUGACAUCUAAUUAUGGGGAUUGAUGUGCAGUGCCA